UGCAAAUUGCAGGUUGUGAGAGAUUUUUGAGAUGCUUUUGCUUCAUAUUUUUUAAUUAUUGUCUAAAUAAUUUUAAUGUACAAAAUGAAAAGAACAUUGCUGGAACAUUGCUGGCGAUGGAAAGAACAGAAGCAGUGAUCAAUGGGUAAAAAAGCAAUUUUCAAUGGGUUUCCAUUUGCUUGGUUAGGUUAGAAAAUUAUAUAGUUUGGGUGUUUGAGUGUUUGAAUGAUGAAAAAAUGGUUUAAUCAGUGUUUUGCAAUAGAUGUUUGGUCGUGGAAUAGAUGUUUGGUUGGUGAGAAAAUUGUAAUGUUUAUGAAGAAAAUUUGCAGAGAAAAUUUGAUGAGGAAAUUUGUGAUUUAAUUAAAAAUUUGUGAUUUAAUUAGAAAUUAAAUAAAAAAAAAUUUUAAGUGGACACGUUUUUAAUUUAUUUUUGCCACGUCAGCAAAAAAAUUAUAAAAAAUACCACGUUGAUGUUAAAUGGAGAAGAAUUAGAAAAAGGACUUAAAUGCAAGGAGCAAAUUGCAAAGAUCAGAAAUAUGAUGAUCAACUUGCGCGGAAUCCAGGAGUCAGGGACCAAGACUGUUAUUCUGCCAUUAACCAAAGUUGCACAAAAGGCCAAAAACCCGACACGGAGGAUGCAGUUGACGCUCCACUCAAAGUGCCGGCACCUUGUAAAGAGUGUCGACCCCUUGCGCGAUAAUUCAGCCAAAUCAUUGUGAUGUGGGUCCCACAACCAUUCUAAUUAGGGUUUUUAGGAUUCUAUAAAUACCCAUCCAAGUU